AUGAGCGCAUUAAUAAAAGAACAUUUGAAAACGAAACAUCUUAUUGCUGUUAUAGCAGGAAGAAGUGAAGAGGAGUGAAAUUAAGUGAAAAAUUAUACAAGAAAUCGUAUUGUAAAUCUAGUUAACAUUUUAUUAUUUGCUUACAAGUUUUCGGAAUUAUUUAAAAUUUGAAGUGCAGAAAAUUGAAUAAAAAGCAACGUAAAUAGUGAAACUGAAGUUUUCAAACCAACACGAAAAAUAGUUUCUAUUCAUUUCCAACAAAAUGGGUAAAGAUUUCUAUAAAAUUCUUGGCAUCAACAAAAGUGCCAAUGACGAUGAAAUUAAAAAGGCUUAUCGGAAACUGGCGUUAAAAUAUCAUCCGGACAAAAAUAAGACACCUCAAGCAGAAGAGCGUUUCAAGGAGAUUGCGGAGGCAUAUGAAGUGCUUUCAGAUAAGAAGAAACGUGACAUAUACGACCAAUACGGUGAAGAAGGCUUGAAAGGCGGUGUGCCUGGUGGUCCCAACGAACAGGGUGGUGGCAACUACAGCUAUCAAUUCCACGGUGACCCACGUGCCACUUUCGCACAGUUCUUUGGUUCGUCAGAUCCAUUUGGCAUUUUCUUCAGUUCAAGCGAUCCCAGUCGUAUGUUUGGAGACUCACAGAAUAUAUUUAUGUCCGGUGGCAAUGACGAUGAUAUCUACACGCAAAUGGGCGGUGGUGGUGGUGCUUUCCGUUCACAAUCAUUCAAUGCACAACCAAAUCGUAAACGACAAAUACAAGAUCCACCAAUUGAACACGAUUUAUAUGUGUCGCUGGAGGAAGUCGACAAAGGUUGUGUAAAGAAAAUGAAGAUUUCACGUAUGUCAAUGGCGACCGGUCAACCGCGCAAGGAAGAGAAAGUACUGAACAUCACGGUGAAACCCGGUUGGAAGGCUGGCACAAAGAUUACCUUCCAAAAAGAAGGCGACCAAACGCCCGGAAAGGUGCCGGCUGAUAUUAUUUUCAUAAUACGCGACAAACCACACCAGCUGUUCAAACGUGAGGGCAGUGAUAUCAAAUAUAAUGCACGCGUUAGCUUAAAAGAGGCGCUGUGUGGCACAGUAGUGAAAGUGCCAACGUUGCAAGGUGAUCGGAUAACAUUGAAUUCAGUGGGAGAAGUAAUUAAGCCAAACACAGUGAAACGUAUACCUGGCAAAGGAUUGCCCUUCCCCAAAGAACCAACAAGACGAGGAGACCUCUUAGUGGCGUUUGAUAUUAAAUUCCCCGACAGCCUGCCGCCUGCAACAAGAGAACUGCUAGCAGAUGUAUUACCAAACUAAGACCGGGGGAUGGAUGGGAUAUGAGGCACUGCGCAAUUGGGCUGUGCUCAGCGCCAAUAAGUUGUCCUUAGUUAUAUAUUAAGUUGGGCGGGUGUCCCAGGGGGAAUUAUGAAUGGGUUGAAAUUUGUGUACACAUUGUUGUGCAGCACUUGUAAUUGAGGAAAGAAACUGGAAUUCAUACAUUGUCAGUUUAUACUAUUUAGGUUAUAUUAAAUUAGUUAAACAAUGUUUAUUUUAAUUUCUCCCUGUUGCUAUUAGAUAUACACAAGUUAGCAAGAGCUAGUAAUAUUUGUAUAUUAGAAUUAUUAAUAAUUAGUUGUAAGAUUAAUUUAAACAAAAGGCAAAACAUUGUAUAGCAAACAAAUAUGAAACAUGUCUUAAAAAUCACGACAUUGUGUAAGAUUUGUACAUACAUUCAAAGUUUGUAAACAACAUUGAACCACCGCACCUCCAGCCCACAAAUUGAUAGCGGUCGGCUUUAGUUAAUGGCUGGAGGUGUUGUGACGUCACGUUUUGUAACACAAUAAGCAUCAGCAUGCUAAUGAAAACAUUGAUAAUGGAAAAAAUAUACCUGGAGACUGAUGAAGAAAAUAAAUCUUUCGAAAAUUAAA